GGAGCGCCUCGUCCAGCCGGUCCCGGAGCCCCAGCUCCCGCGCCGGAAGCAGGAGCCGUUGGACCCGCCGCUUGGGUGACGGUGAGGAGCAAACAUGACCGAAGAGAGCGCUGAAGAGGAGGAGGAGGAGGACGACGAUGCCAAGAAGAAGAAGAAGAAAAAGAAGAAGAGCAAGUCCAAGAAGAAGAAGAAGAGCAAAUCUAAAAAGAAAAAGAGCAAGUCCAAAAAGAAAAAGGGGAGCAAGUCCAAAAAGAAAAAAGGAAGCAACAAGUCCAAGAAGAAGAAAGGAAGCAAGUCCAAGAAGAAGAAAGGAAGCAAGUCCAAGAAGAAGAAAGGGAGUAAGUCUAAAAAGAAAAAGGGCAAGUCCAAGAAGGGAAAGAAGGGUGGUGAUGCAGAUGCAACCACAUCACCCACAUCACCCACUAAGAGCAAGAGCCCGAGCCCAACGCAGAGCGGUGCGGCCACAGCAGGCGCGGCUACGCCGCGCGCCACAAGUCCCUACGGAGGAGCAGCUGCGAAAGGCGCCGCCGCUGGUGCGGCAGGCGCUGCAGCGGGAGCGUAUGGAGCAUCAAGAGGAUAUGGAGCAUCGGGAGGAUAUGGAGCAUCGGGAGCGUCCGGAGCAGCAGGAGCGUACGGAGCUGCGGGAGCGUACGGAGCUGCGGGAGCGUACGGAGCUCCCGGUGCUCCCGGACCGUACGGCGCAUACAGCCCUGGUACGUACGGCCAGCCGAUGAUGCGGACGAGCGACAUCAGCAUCUCCUCGAUCGGCGGACCCAGGCCAGCCUUGCGCCAGACGUACCGCGUGAGACGUGGUGGUGCCUCUACAAUCUCGAUACCGUCGAAGGAAGGCGGUGGCAUAGUGGUGGACGUCAAGUACCGGAGAAAGAAAAGGCCCUUCGGCUCUUUCGGGACGCCCACCGGCUCGUACUCUUCGUCGCAGAUGGCUCUAGCACCCGAAUCGGUGUUAUACGACGACAUGCGUUACAUGCCCAACGCCAUGUUCUACGGCGAUUCGUCCGACAGCUACUCGGACAUGCUGUCCAGCUGCUCUUUCGAAGACAGCUACUUUGGCGAUGGAUACUCGAGCUACCCGCCCGCCGACCUGUUAUACUCGCAGGGCGAGGGGCCCCUGGGUGGCUUGACGUUUCCACCGCAGACGCAUUUGCAAGCGCCCGGCGAUGGUCCCGGGAUACCCAUGCUUUCGCCCACAAUUCAAGUGCACCUGCAACCGCCGGCGGAGCCUAUAUCUAUGGACUUGCGGGUCUCGAGGUCCAAGGAGCGACUGCUUGGUCUGGGACAGCAGCAGAUAUCGCAGCCCCCGAUAUACAGCAGCUACAGAUGCACCUGA